AGCAGAAAGUUUUGUCUCGUAUAGAAAUGAAUCCUGUUCCCAGCUUGUUCACCUCCUUACAAGUCACUUUGCACAAGGCCAGUGUGCACUGGAGUUUUAUAUAAUAUUGAGUUCUGCUACAGUUUGCAGUGUGCAGGAGAGACUCGGCCGGUGAAUCAGGGAAUUUGGUGAUCACUGUUUAGCGAAACCAUCAACCUUGGGAACGCUCGAUCUCCUAUAGGCUUCAACUAGGUGCAGACAUGACUGAUUCCAACAUCAAUAAUAACCGGAGCAGUAAGGCGAGGUCAGGGCGUGGUCAAGAUGUUCACAAAGAUCUCGACAGUAUCCCUGAAGAGGACACUCUAUGUUGCUGUCCUCCCACCUGUGCCCCAUCCUGGUCCCAACGCCUUGCCAACCCAAAGGUCUUCACCGUUCACAUGAUGAUCACUACCUCCUUCGCCAUGAUGUCUUACGUCUACAUCGGAGCCGUCUUGACCACCAUCGAGCGCAACUUCCGGUUGGACAGCGCCCAAUCCGGAGCCAUCACCAUAGCAGCGGAUAUCGUCAGCACGCUCUUUGUGAUCCCCCUCAGUCACUACGGCCAGAUGGGACAUCGACCCCGUUGGAUUGGCACUGGGAUGAUGUUGACUGCUGUGGGCACCAUGCUCUGUUCGUUACCUCACUUCGUGACGGAUCCAAUCAACCCAAAGACCAUCCUGACGGGAUCUCUGGACGAGGUUGAAGACCUAUGCAGUGUGGGCGAAGAAGGUCUACACAAGUAUGAAGCUACAGAAUCUUGGACAAAUGCAUCGACUGGUCAUGAUGGAGGUGACCUCCACCAAGGGUCAUCGAAGGGGGAUCUUCGGACUGUUUGGUGGAUCAUUCUUGGUCAGCUCAUAAGUGGUAUUGGGAACGCCCCUUUCGUCGCUCUUGUCAUUACGUACAUCGAUGACAGCGUCACGAAGCACGAUCUCACUGCUUAUACAGCUGUUCUGUUCUUGGCGUUUACCUUUGGUCCCAGCGGCGGCUUUCUCUUCGCUGCUUUCACAACGACCCUAUACGUCGACUUCGAUCGUGUGCCGAGCGACCAGAUUCCCAUGAUCAGCCAAAACGAUCCUCGCUGGAUUGGGGCGUGGUGGCUGGGCUUCGUCAUUCUGAGCACCAUCAUGGUCUUCUUGAGUAUUCCAAUCUUCUUCUACCCGCGGACGAUGCCCUCGGCGAUCAGGAAGUGGAAGGAAGAGAAGGAAGAGGCCGAGACGGAGGAAGGGAAGCAGUUGAAUAGACCGCCUGUGGUGGCGAUGGAUGCAGAUGAGGAGGAGGAGGACAAUGAUUUGAGGGAGAGACGUGGGUCGAUAUACGCACAUCUUGAUGGUGGCAUCGUCGUUGAAAAGGUCAUCAAAGGACCCAUCCUUGCUUUGAAACGUAUCGUCUGCAAUCCUACCAACAUGUGUCUUGUUGUCGAUGAAACAGCCUUCAUAUCCAUCAUCGCCAUCUUCGCAGCCUUUGGGGUGAAGUACAUCGAAACGCAGUUCUCACUCAGUCCGUCACAAGCAGCACUAGUUAUAGCCAUAGUUCUUGGUCCAUCAAAUAUCAUCAGUAACAUCUUCUCUGCCUACAUUUGUCGACGAUUUAAAUUCAACUCUAAGCAGUGUGGUCUCUUCGUACUGGUAUGUGGCAUCAUUGGAUUCGUCCUGUACCCCAUGGGUAUGUUACUGGGGUGUAAUAAUGUUCCUGUUGCUGGUGUGACGACCUCCUAUGAUGGACUGACGACUCCAUCCGACACUAAUCCGAUCAGCGACGGAUGUAACAUGCACUGCGCAUGCUCAGAUGAAAUCUUUCAACCAGUCUGUGGGUCAAACGGUUUGACCUUUAUUUCACCAUGUCAUGCAGGAUGUAACCAGGAGGUUUCACCUUACAAUGACACGACAACCAUUCUUAAUCCGUUCUCCAACCAAUACGAUUAUAGAGGAUGUAGCUGCAUCAGCAAUUCCAGUAGUAUGACCAACAGCUCGACAACGAAUCUCUUCGGCUCGUCAACGUCAGAUGAUGUUGAUGCUUCAUCGGGACAGUGCCCCGACCCCAGCUGUCAGGGGGCCAUCCCUGUGGCGAUCUUGAUCACAGCGAUUUUCUUUCUUCAGUCGGCCACAUCCAACCCGAUGACCUUUGUCGCUCUACGAUGUGUCAGAGAGGAGGAUAGAUCGAUAGCAAUAGCUUUAAGAUCAGUAUCUGCACAUUUCCUCGGUUUCAUCCCUGCCCCAAUCUAUUUCGGCAGCAUUAUCAAUUCAGUGUGCAUACAUUGGCAGAGGACAUCGGACGGAGGGAGGGGUUCCUGCUGGCUGUAUGACAACAAACGCUAUAGGUUUGCCUACUUUGGUAACGCCAUGGUACUCCAGGGCGUGGCAGUUCUCGCUGUAAUCUGUAUGUUUUUCUCGAUCAAGGAAAAGCUACUGAACAAAAAAAGGAAGGGUGAUCAGUACGACAACCUCGAGAAAAACGAUAUGAAAUUGGAAGAGGAGAGAUCUUAAAUCAUGUCAAUCAGGCUACGAACAUGACUUGGAUUGCUGAUGAUUCUUGAAGAACGAU